AGGCCGAAAAGAAUUGAGAAAAUAAAAGUGGUGAUUGAGAAAAAGGGAGAAGUGAUCAUCAUCUUGUUGAAUCCUAUCUAUAAAAUUUUGCAGCAUUUCAACUGACUUCUCCCUCAGAAUGGCCACAAAAUCGCAGAUAUUUACAGGAUUGACCAUGGCGUCGACGCCUGCCUCUUCGUUCCAAGCUUCUUCUUCAAGCUCCAACAGUCUCUCCAUGGUCAGAAAACCUCUCACGACUUCCUUCUUCAAUGGCGGAGUGGGGGCUCUAAAAGUUGAAGUGAUUAGGGUUGCUCCUUCCAGUCGACCACAUUAUUCUAGACAACGUGGGGGGGCUCUUGGUGCUCGUAUGAACCUAUUUGACCGGUUUGCUAGAGUUAUCAAGUCAUAUGCAAAUGCAUUAGUAAGUACCUUUGAAGAUCCUGAGAAAAUCUUAGAGCAAGCAGUUCUUGAAAUGAAUGAUGAUUUGACAAAGAUGCGUCAGGCCACAGCACAAGUGUUGGCAUCUCAAAAGCGGAUGGAGAAUAAGUACAAAGCUGCUGCACAAGCUUCUGAGGACUGGUACCGCAAAGCACAAUUAGCUCUUCAAAAAGGAGAGGAGGAUCUUGCACGUGAAGCUUUGAAGAGGCGUAAAUCUUUUGCUGAUAAUGCUAAUACUUUGAAAUCUCAACUUGAUCAACAAAAAGCUGUUGUUGAUAAUCUUGUGUCUAAUACACGGCUUUUAGAGAGCAAGAUACAGGAGGCAAGGUCGAAAAAAGAUACCCUCAAAGCACGUGCUCAGUCUGCAAAGACUGCAACUAAAGUGAGUGAGAUGGUGGGGAAUGUCAAUACAAGUAGUGCUCUUUCAGCUUUUGAUAAGAUGGAAGAGAAAGUCUUAGCAAUGGAAUCCCAAGCAGAAGCUCUUGGUCAGUUAACUACAGAUGAUCUGGAAGGAAAGUUUGCGUUGCUAGAGGGCUCUUCAGUUGACGAUGAUCUUGCAAACUUGAAGAAAGAAUUAUCUGGUAGUUCAAAGGUGUCUAAUUUUCUUGUAAUUCCAUCAUGCUCAAUUGGGUUGACCAAAGAAGCAUUAAGAGGAAUCGUGCGUUCUAUUUAUCUGGGUUGCUAUGGUUCUUCUUUCCUAUAUUGUGUUGUUUGGCACCAAAAUGGAGAAUAAAUAAUCGAAAGGAGAACUCCCGCCCGGAAGAACAGCCGCUCCCAGUAACAAGGCAUAUCCAUUUCGAGAUUCUGAAAUUGAGAUGGAGCUUAAUGAGUUGAGAAGAAAAGCCAAGGACUUCUAAGAUUUUCUCUGCAGGUACCAAUAUUGGAAUUCUUUAAACGCAAAUAUGAAGUUGGUUUUACUUUGAGAACUGGUUAGCAUUUAUAUAGGCAGAAAUGACGAAAGAUUAACGCUGUAUAGCUAGAGAUCGAACCCAAAUCAGAGUGCUUCAUUGUCAUAGUAUUUUCAUGCUCUUCUUGUAAUUCAACUCUGCUGCAGCAAAGCCAGUUUUCUGGAUAAUGCAGGUGGAACAACCUGUUAAUGUACAGGUUAUGGAUUAAAUGCGUGUCUUUUGUGUUUGCUUGGCUCA